UCUGCCACGGCAUCUUCUCAGUGUUCAAACAGAUUGUAGACCUCGACGAUACGAAUUGGACGCGUUUUCUUUUCAAACCUUAUCGGAAGAUUGAUAUUUUUUUCUACAUUUGUUCUAUCAAGUCCAACCAAGAGAACAGCUGUUCUGCUAUGGCAAAAGGAGAGGGAGGUGAACAAUACUCCAACGCCAGUUUAUUGAAUAAACCGGUCAGCUCGGAUGGAAUCACGCUCGCCAGGAAGCAGGAAAGGAACAGGUUGUCAGUCUGCAACAAGUUAUGCUAUGCCAUCGGCGGAGCACCCUACCAGAUCACAGGAUGCGCCCUGGGUUUUUUUCUGCAGAUCUAUCUACUGGACGUAGCUCAGCUCGAUCCCUUCUAUGCCUCCAUCAUCCUGUUUGUGGGCCGAGCAUGGGAUGCCGUAACGGACCCCACAGUGGGCUUCUUGGUCUCUCGAAGCCCAUGGACGCGGUUCGGACGCAUGCUACCCUGGAUCCUAAUCUCGACCCCUCUGGCUGUGCUUGCCUAUUUCCUCAUAUGGUACGUUCCUCCCUUUGAGGACGGCAAAGUCCUCUGGUACCUUUUCUUCUACUGCAUCUUCCAGACCCUUCAGACUUGCUUCCAUGUGCCGUACUCUGCCCUCACCAUGUUCAUCAGCUCAGAGCAGAAAGAAAGAGACUCAGCCACUGCAUACAGGAUGACGGUGGAGGUUCUGGGCACCGUUGUCGGUACAGCUAUCCAGGGACAGAUCGUGGGUAUGGCAAACGCUCCCUGUCUCCCAGGACCCGGUGACCUUGUGGCAGACCUGAGCAACUCCUCAAACUCUGUCGGACUCAAUACUUCCGAGCCAGUCAUUUCCCUGGAGCACACGAAAGUGGCCUACAUGAUUGCUUCUGGUGUCAUCUGCUUAAUCUAUUUCCUCUGCGCAAUUGUGGUUUUCUUCGGUGUGAGAGAACAGAAAGAGUCUUGUCGCCCCAGGUCAGAGCCCAUGGGUUUCUUCCAGGGGAUUAAGCUGGUGAUGGGGCAUGGACCGUACGCCAAACUGGUCAUGGUCUUCCUCUUUACCUCGCUGGCUUUCAUGCUCCUGGAGGGAAACUUUGCCCUUUUCUGCAGCUCCACACUGGGCUUCAGAAACGACUUCCAGAAUAUCCUGCUGGUCAUCAUGCUCUCUGCUACUCUGGCUAUCCCCUUCUGGCAGUGGUUCCUGACUCGCUUUGGGAAAAAGACUGCAGUUUACGUUGGCACCUUGUCUGUGGUUCCAUUCAUGAUCCUGGUGGUGUGUUUUAAGAGUAACCUGAUUGUCACCUACAUUGUAUCCUUCGCUGCCGGAGUCGGACUGGCUACAGCCUUCCUUCUGCCCUGGUCUAUGCUGCCCGACGUUGUUGACGAUUUCCAAGUACAGAACCCGGACUCCACCGGCCACGAAGCUCUCUUCUAUUCCUUCUACGUCUUCUUCACCAAGUUUGCCUCUGGCGUCUCCCUUGGCAUUUCCACUCUCAGUUUAGAUUUUGCAGGUUACAUCAGUAGAGGCUGCACUCAACCCGAAGCAGUGGGUUUAACCUUAAAACUGCUGGUUUCCGCCGCCCCCGUAGCUCUGAUCAUAAUUGGCCUGACAAUACUGUACUCGUAUCCAAUCGACGAGGAGAGGAGGCAAGGCAACCGCAAACUGCUUCAGGAACUGAGGGACAACGAGGCAGAUUCAGAAACUGACUCGACAGAACUGGCCAACAUUGUCUAGCACAUUUUUAGAGACCCACCGACCAAUCGGUUGAUCCACUGGUAUUUUGCACUGGGCGGGACCAACGGACGUGGGCCUGUCGGAUCAUACAGACACUGCCUUGUCCAAUCACACUGCUGCUGUUCCACGUCUACGAAACUUGACGACAAAACACUCUCCCGGCAUGAAAUCUUUUUCAUCAUCUCCUCUUUUGUUCAGUCAGAUCUCAAAAGCCUUACUUUUUGUAUAACAUACAACUAAUUUUGAGUACUGUGCAGAAAGAAGAAAAAAAAACAAAAAAAAAGACGGUUUCAGUUGAAAUUGCACAACACCAUGAAAUUUGGUGGGAGCAUGUUUUGUCAGUGCUGCCAUUAUUGGUGCUACUCCCUGGAGCUGACCAGUUUUCAUCCUUGUACAUGACACAUCAAACAUUAAUGACCUUGAGCACUGCGCCAAAAACAACUCUGUAGUUCUGAGAUGUGAACAUUGUGAGAAACUUGAACAAACAGCCUUAAUUUCAGCCCUGUUUUGGGUUUAAAAUGUCAAAACUGACAAACUGACACUUGUGUCAGUCACCUGCUCUUGUGUCAUUGACUUGGUGUGUUUUUUUUGUUUUGUUUUUGAACAUGUUUAAAUUGUUGUUUGUAAUUUUUACAAAUAAUCCUCAUAGUUUACUUAAGCCAGUCAGCCAGUUUGUUUGAGUGAGUUUCCAUCUCAUUCCCACCCCACUUCUUUUUUUAUUUUAAAUAAGCCGUAAUAAUGUGAUAUUGGAACUGGUGUACAGUGACAGCUGUGCUCUGAAGGGCUCCUUUUAGUUCUCCACCAUAGUACUGAAACCACUACAGUAGUAAAAGCAGUUAGUUUGCACACAUAACUGCAAUGUUUAUUCCAUCAAGUGCAUUACUCUCAUUAUGUUAUUUAUAGGACACCUACUGAAGACGGGAAAUGCUUCUUUCCUCUAAAUGCUUUAAUUUCCUUAACACUGAGAGUAACGGGAGCUACAGCCUGUACUAGUUUAGUGAUAUCAUUAUUUAAAUAUUUAUUAGUUUUAAUUUUACUGUUUUUGAAUUAAUAUUUGCUGGGAAACCGUGCUUCUUGCAGUAUUUAAAUCUAUUUAUGGCCUGUGUGGGUCCAACUGAAUUAGAAGUUUCACAAUGAGGACAAUGGGGAUGGGAGUCAAAUUUUAAAACAUUCACACGGCUUUUAAUGUAUGUUGCCAUCUCUACUGUCUUCGCUCCAUAGGCAUUCAAAAAGGGAAGCACAUAAUUGUGAAAAGAAGAGUUUUUGAAUGUUAUUUUUUUGUGUGUGUGUUCAUUGAAAGAACAGCCAGGAUGAUAUGCAACAUCAUCUCAAUCCUUGUCAUGAAAAUGUGGAUUGCCAUAUUUCAUAUCUGUUGAUAUGGAAAUGUGUACAUACAGUGUCAUAUGUUAUACAUACUGUUACAUCUUCGACAUGUUGUUUCUGACAACUGGAUUGCCGAUGUGAAAAUGUUUAAUUCACUUUAUUUUUUUUCCUCCCCAGAGGUUCCUUACAUACUGUAUAUGCCAAUAUUGUGCCAUUUUCACUCACUACGCAUGUAAUAAUUGUACAUCCUGUAUAUCUCAUCCUGUUUUAUUUUGUCAGUGUUUUGCCUUUUAUGGAUCUGUCAGUGAUCUUCUCUCGUGACUCUUGAGGCUGUAGCCAAAUGUGUGAGCUUUAAUCCCACAGGGACACACAGAAGCCUUGUGUACAUGCCUCCUGUGCAUAUGUAUAUAUUGUAUGUAAACCUGUAAAUAUCUUUGAUAUUUGUGGCUGCAAGUGAAAUGAACUUCUGUACACUGUACUGUAGUUAUUUAAGAAAAUGUUGAGAUUGAAAAAGAUAUUGUUAAUAAACACUAACAGAUAAGUGUACUGUGAA